AUGGAACAGGACUCUAGAGAACCUUUGGAAUUUAAUGUAAAAGGACCUGUUCCAAUCUUACUAGAGGAAGAACGAACUGACCAUCGGUCGGGAUGUAGUGUCAUAGACAUUACAUUUUCCGAACCUGUAACGAUUGGAGAGAUUUUGUUCAAGAACUAUUACACUGCUUACAUCAAUUUACAAUGUAAAAGAAGCCAAAAUGAAGAAGACGGGAUUGAUCGUGAAACGUUAGAGUGGGAGAUCUGUGUCCAUCGUGCUGUGCUCAUGUGUGACCCCCACUGUGAGGAAGGAAGCCAGGAUUACGUAUCAAUCACACAAAAACAAAGUCGUCUUGCUUGGCUUGGAGUCGUAGCUUUGAGAUUGGUAUUACGCCAACCCUCGCCUCAGUGGAGAAAAUUUGGGAUAGAGAAUUUGAGAAUCUACAGAGAAGCUCCAGGAAGUAAUGCUCGAAUGACAAUUCCAAGAACUCUGAUUGGUGAUAGACCUGUACGGGAAGUUGGCCAUAUGGAUAAGACCGAUUCCAGUUUCUUACCUGCAGCUGCUCACUUACAAAACUUGUGGGCUAUUGGAGAGCUUUCGAGAGCGAGCCAGACAGACCAGCAGGUCGGCCGAUUUGAGGAACCUGGCGGUUACGAGAUAAACUACCUUGUUUACACUUAACCUGAAAGAGAGGAAAAAAAAACAAGUGUGGCAUUAGUUUUGAUGGACUUGAACUUUAGUUAUAUUGUGCUCUAUAUUUGU